AUGUUUAGGUACCAAAUAGCUGUGUUGUUCUUCGCGGCGCUGACUUCGGCCGCCCGAAAUGACCUGACAAAACUCUUAUCGCUCAGUGCGAGGAACAGUGACGGUGCUGUCGUCAAUGUGACCAGUGCGUCCAUAGUGAUACCAUCCUUCAGUGUCCGGACCUCGCGGAGUCCGCAAGAGUUUCAGAAGUAUGCUUUCCGGCCGCGAUCGAUGCCGGAGACUAAGUAUAAGUCUGAAGUGCUCUUCCCUGGCAAUUACUUCGCAAUUUCCGAAGGGAAGAGUGAUGAGGACGCCGCGAAGGAGGCCUACUCGCGAUUCCAGCCUCAGCCGAUACCUUUGAGGCCGGAGGGCAGGUCCCUAGAUGAUGAAGAGGAGAUUGAGAAGCCCGAAGAUAUCACUGAGCAAGCUUCAAGAAGAUCAUUGUCAUACAUCUUUGGAGGUGGAGAGGACGAAGAGGCCGACGAUGAAGACGGAGAAUUCGAAGUCGAAGAAGAUGAAACGGGAGCAGAGACCAAAUCCAAAAACAAGAGAAAGAAUAAAAAUAAAGGAUCAAAAUCCAAGCGCUAUUCCAAAUACAUGGUGCCUCUUCUCUUAGCAUAUAAGCUGAAGUAUUUCGCAAUAGUCCCCGUCAUGAUUGGAGGUCUGGUACUGCUAGCAGGAGCUACGGGCUUAGCUGGAUUCUUCUUUGCUCUAUUCGCAGCGACCAUGGCUUUACAGAAGGGAGGAUACUAA